AUGUUGAUCUCAAGCCCGAGUGUCCAGCUUGAGAGAGAUAACACCUAUCUACCUGAGGUUUGGACAUGGUAUGCCAUCGGAGUUACUGUUAUUCUGCUUCGGUUUGCUGUGCGGAUCCGUAUCUUCGGUAUAAGGGGGCUCCAAGGCGACGAUUACCUUUCUAUCUUGGCAUUCGUCUUGUAUACUGUCAAUGUUGUCAUUGUCCAGAUCACAUACUAUACUGGAGGCAAUAUCGACGUAGAUCCGAAUGGUGUAUCACUGUCACAGGAAGACAUUCGUAUUCUCACGCUUGGAUCCAAAAUGGAGUUUGCCUCGUGGUAUUCAUAUCCUGGGACCCUAAAGUUUACAGUCUUGCUUUUCUAUAAGCGCCUUACACUUGGGGUCAUGCGCGAGAAAACGCUUCAUUUCCUCCUCUGGGCCUGUGGCACAUCGUACCUCGCGCUGGCCCUGAGUGUUUCUUUUACAUGCCGGCCAUACUCCCACAACUGGCAGAUCCAGCCUUUGCCCGGUCCCGAAUGCACUUUCCGACCUCAGAACUUCUGGAUACUCGUCGUGCUGAAUGUUACCACCGAUGCCGCCAUCAUGUCGAUCCCAAUCCCCAUGUUCUGGCAACUCCGCACGUCGCUGCGGCGAAAGAUAGGGCUGAUGAUGCUGUUCUCCUCGGGUAUAUUCAUUAUAAGUACCGCUAUUGUGCGCGCAGUUCUAACCAUCGGUGGCAAGCCUUCUGUGAUCAAUAUCAAUCGUUGGGGGUUCAGAGAAACUGCGGUGGGACUCAUUGCCGUGACGGCACCGGUCCUUGUCCCCCUAUUCCGGCGGAGCUUCUGGCAGCGUGGCGACUUUGUGAGGCAUCGUCAUCGUGGCCAUGAAAUACCACCGCACAAGCCUCGUAAUCCUGAGUUCGGGCAUUGGCUUGGGACGCUGGAGUUAAGGGAGGUGGAGGAAGGGCAACAUCAUCGACCUAUGAAUUCUGCUGGCGCCGCCGAAUAG